CGAUGCUAUGACGGUGAGGGGGUAUCUGUGCCUCUGGUGUCUUGGUGUGCGUGCAGGUGUUCUCGAUGGAGCACCCGGACUGGCGCUGCAAGGUGGACGAGGGCUCGGCGGGGCUGGUGGCCUCGCGGUGGAGCCCUGACGGGCGCCACAUCCUCAACACCAGCGACUUCCAGCUGCGCAUCACCGUGUGGUCACUGAGCAGCAAGGCAGUCUCGUACAUCCGCUACCCCAAGGCCUGCGCACAAGGUGUGGACUUCACGAGGAACGGCCGCUUCAUGGCCCUGGCGGAGUGCCGCGACGGCACGGACUGCGUGAGCAUCUUCUCCUGCGGCGACUGGCAGCUCCGGCAGCACUUUAAAGUUGAGACGGAGGACUUGGAGGGACUGGCCUGGUCUCCCAGUGGCAGUGAGCUGUGCGUGUGGGACUCUGCCCUACAGUACGGCGUGUACGUGUACUCCUGGGAGGGGCGUCCCCUGUGCCGCCUGCGUGCGUACUCCUGGGCGCUGGGCGUGCGCUGCGUGGCCUGGAACCCCGCGGGGAGCGUGCUCGCCGCGGGCAGCUACGACCAGAAGUCUCCGCGGCGGGAUCCUGAGAACGGACCGCCGUGGUCUCACACGGAGGUCGGAUCUCGGGCGAUCGUCGCCGUUGGAAUCCCACGGCCGUCGAGUACCCACGACGAGAACGGCAAGCCGAGCGUCACUCUCACCGAGAACCUCACGUCGAUUCCACCUCUCGUUCACUCUCGUCGAGAAAACCUUGAAUGA